AUGCCUUACAUUGCUCGGCUAGAUGAGCUCCCCGAAAUUGCUCAAAGGGGUGGGCUCGUUGAUCCUCGUGCUGAUCACCAGCAUUCUUUCAACAAGCGAAUCUCCUGUCGCGACGUGACGGACUUCAUCUCCAACACCGCGGAAGUCUCGCCUCUGGAGCUGCGUGACAAGAAGGCUGCUGCUCGACACUCCAUCGAUAACAAGUCUCGGCUCUAUAAGAUUCUCGCUCGCACCAAUGAGCUUAACCGUCCAUUUUCAAUCCGGGGCGCUGCUCAGCCAAUCUCCGACUUGCUCCCCGGUUUAGUCGUCAGCGGUGGCCUUAGUCGCUCGCCAGCUUUCGAUUGCAUUCCGGUUGUCUCUCACUGGGGUGAUCGCACUGACGAGUUCUCUGCCGAGGAUCCCAAUGCCACUGUUUCUCUUACUUCCACCUGGAGUACCGUGCAUACCCACGGGAUCAGCCCCAUUGAGCCCGGAGCGCCAAAGUUUUCACAAAACUAUGAUUCAGAGACGGAUCUUUUGACGACCACUGUCAACCUGGCCCGUCGUGCUGAUACCGAGCUCACUCAAGGAGUGAUUGGUGCCGCCUCAAGCAUAUCUUGGUUGAGAAACGCGCGCGUCGCAGACAGCGUUGAUUGCGCAGUUGGACUACUAGCCGAUUCAAGUGUUCUUUUGCAAGCUCGUGACAAAGUUGUCACCACUGGCAAAACCGAACGCCUUGACUUUGCCGAGGUUCGCAAGGUUGAGAUGCCAACAUGGGCCACUGCUCGCAAACCCCUGCCUCCGAAGCUGAGUGGCGUAGCAGACUCUCCAGAUCAGGUUAGCGAUGACCUUUUUUCGGCAGAGCUUUGCGAAGGUCCGCUGAUAAAUAACUCCAUAUUUGCGCUAUCCUCUGGGUUCAAUCGGGGUGUAUAUGGAGGAUCUAUCUCUGGCCUGUGGGCUAUCAUGGACACUGCCUUUGUUCUUGAUUACUCCAUUGGUGUUCACAACUCUGCAGUUGCGGACAGACUUUCAUUUGCUUUCGCGGAAGUAACUGCUGCUGCUGAAGCAUCUGCUUCUGCCGGCCCCCAUAUCGACGAUAUACGUAUCAUUAAAGGGACAAAUUAUAGUUGUUUGAGGCAGAAAACCAUCAUUGAGGAUAAUGACCCCAUCGACUCCGCUCCGUGCAUGGUUGUCUGGAAUGAUCUUGAUCGUCUCGCCCGUUACAAGGUCGCUGAUGCUGUGUUCUGCCACGUCUACUAUGACUCUGGCGGUGGUGAGCAGAUGGCUGCUAUCGCUGGUCUCGGCUGCGUUGCUCAUGACUGGAUUGAUCUUGGGCCUGAUAUGAUGUGCGGUGAAGUCAGUAACAUCAUUCCCUCGUUGACCCGUGGCUCCCUGGAGGAAGGGCCUCUGUCCGAAGUUUAUGCACGCUUACUCGGCGCAAUGAUCUGGUACCGAAACAACGACCCCUACAACCCAGCGGCUCUCUGCCUUCUAUUCACUCACUGGUGGCAACUCUCUAACUGCCGCCACCGCCCUAUCACUCUUCUCGGUCGAACUGACCUUGAUGUCAAUGCGGCCAUCGCCCCUAUCAUGCCGGAAGGACGACCAGAGCUGGAGCACUUCCGAGCCAACGGUACCAGAGUCGAGCGUGGCAGCGGACCUCUUUCCAGUGCUGAAGCACGUCUCAAGGACCUUGUUUCCAGCGAGAUGUUGCCACAGACUCGCGCCGUUCUUGAGCAACUGGUUGACCCGGUCCUAGCCUACGUUAAGGGAGCCGAUAGUCUACCCACUGAGAGUGAAUUUGUCGGACAUGUCCUCGCAGCUGACUUGGCCUACCCCCAUGGGCAGAAAAUCAUGGAGCUGUGGGACCUCGCUAUCAUUAUGUGGGAGUGCGGCGCAAUGUGGGGGGCUGGUGUUGCUGGUCUUUGCUACACCCACACUGGAAAGGUGAACUGUGAUCGUGCUCGUCACGAUUUGGCUGAUCACACCUGGAGCUAA